CAAACGGUCAAAACGGCUGAGCGGAGUCGGUACCGACAGGUGAGUUUACAGGACAGAAACAGGAACAGAACCGAGAAAAACACUUUCUGAGACCGUGGGGCAGCGCUUCCUCCCCGCAGCAACUCACUGCUCCAGCCGGGAAACGGAGCCUAACCGUAACCAGCCGGAUCUGAGGAGCGGCAGCAUGUGUGAGAGCAGAGCGGUUCCGAGCGGAGAGGUUUACCGGCAGCUGUUUGACGCUCAGGUGCAGCUGUCCAGGUGUCUGCUGGCUGGACGCAAAGACACGAGGACAGACUGUCUCUCUGCUGAGGACAGUAACACCAGCAGCAGGGCGCAGCAGGUGGAUGCUGAUGAUGUCAUUGAUGAUGUCAGCAGACUUCCUGACUGUCUGGUGGUUGAUCAUCCGAGCUCUGACAUCAUCCAACGUCUGACAGAGAAAAGCAGGAAGAGACAUCAGGAAGCUCUGAAGCAGCUGGACGCACACCUGAAGCACCUGUCACAUGUGUGUGAGACUCAGGUGAGGACCGUCAGUCAGCAGCUGCUGUCCUCUCUGCAGGACACUGACCACAGAUUGGACAUCCUGAAGGUCAGAAUGGAUCAGAUGGAACACCUGGAACAUGUCAGUGUACAGGAGGUGGACGUUCUCUGGGAUCAGGUGCAGCAGGACGUGAAUCUGAAGACAUCCAGAAUCUCUGAGCUGAACCUCAAACUGAGCCGCUGUGAGAGACGACGAGCAGCCGAGAUCGGAAUUGUUUUCAGGAAGUUCUGCCACCUGCUGGAGAACAUGGUCCAGCCUCCAGCUGAGGUUCUCACACUGAUCCACGCUGAGGUUACGAUGCUGAAUCAGUCUCUGCUGGCGAACCGUCGCAGUGCCGCUCGACUGCUGCUGCUCCUCCAGGAGCAGAACCUCCAGCAGGAGUCACUCCUCCGAUGGCACUGGGAGGACUGUCAGGACCGCUGGAGGAGGACCAGGGUGAACCAGCUCAUAGACCAGUUCAGCAGGUUGUGUAUCGCUGAGGACCAGCUGACUCCAGAUCAGCUGAUCACACAGACUCGAUCAGAUGUGACUGAACGCCGUCUGGACGCCAUCUACAGCAUCUGCUCCCUGGUACCGCCCACCUGCUCCACUGUUCUGGUCUGUGAUUGGUUCGACCAGCUGACAGCCAUCAAUCAGCAGAUCGAGCGUUUCCAUGGUGACCUCCUCCAUCAGCUGCGGUGUUCCUGUGAACAGUCGUGGAGGUGUCGGCUGGAGCAGGUGGAUCGUUGUCAGGAGGCGCUGUCUGCUCUGAAGCUGUCAGAGCAGGAGGUGAACCACAUCAUCAGCUCUCAGCUCCUCCCUCUGACUGGACGACGGCAGCGUCAGGAUGAAGAGCGAUUGGCUGCUUUAGACGUGUGCUGCGACUCGGCAGCCCGUCACGCUCUCCGCCUCAGCAGGUGUGUCUUUGCUGUGAUGCGAGCAGCGGCGUCACUAUGGGAGACGCACAGCCGCAGAUUGGAGAGGAGAGAAGAAGAAGUGCAACGACACCUGGACGAGCUGAGGCGCUCGCAGCAGCAGCACAUACAGGUGAGCUCUCUGAGAGGGCAGGGCUUGUCAGCAGCCACUCUGUCCCAUGAUGCUUUGCUGCUGUGUUGUCAGGAGCAGAAGGUUGUUGUGGACGAGCUGUUGGGUUGUCUGAGGCAGGAGAGCAGCGAAGACGCUCUGAAGACCUCUCUGGACCAAAUCGUCCUCCACCUGCAGGACGUCACGGACAGUUGCAGACGGUGUGUCUCUGCUCAGUGUUCCGUGUUGGAUUCUGUUCCGUCUCUCUUCCUGGAGGAACUGUUCUCCUACAGCAGCAGCAUCAGCUCCUUCUACCAGCUCAGCCACUCCUACAGACCGAGUCCAGAAGAACUGCAGAACUUCCAGCUAUCAAACUCCACCUGCCAGGACCAUCUGGACCACCAGGACCAUUUGGACCAAAAGGACCAUCUGGACCACCAGGACCAUCUGGACCACCAGGACCAUGUGAACCACCAGUACCAUCUGGACCAUCUGGACCACCAGGACCAUCCUGACCAUCUGGACAGCCAGGAACACCAGGACCAUCAGGACCAUCUGGACCACCAGGACCAUCUGGACCAUCUGGACCACCAGGACCAUGUGGACCACCAGGACCAUCUUCACCAUCUUGACCAUCUUGACCACCAGGAACACCAGGACCACCAGGACUACCAGGACCACCAGGACAAUGUGGACCACCAGGACCAUGUGGACCACCUGGACCUGGGUCAGUCUGCCUCCGUUCAGCCUCAGACUCUGGAAGUGAUCCAGCCCGAAACACUGAAACCAGAGAUGACUGAGAAACAUCCAAUCAGCUGUCAAAAUGAUGCAGGGCCCGCCCAGGACUCUCAGGAUUGGCUUACUGAGGCAGAGACGUCCCUAGUGGAACUCUGUGACAUCAGCACCUAUGUCACCUUUACAUCAUCAAGAGGCGUGGCUUACACUGGCCCCGCCUUCCGAUGCCCCUUCCCCAACCUACCAGACAGCCUGCACACAUCUGAGACCGCACGCCUGAACCUGUUCCCCCAAGAGCUGCUCACACACACACUGACCAGGACCCGCACUUUGUUCCUCGAUCACCUGGAGCAACAUUUCCAUGACGUCCUGAGCUCAGUCGUUUUCAUGGCGACAGAGAGGAAGGAGGCACUGCACUCAGAGCAGGAAGUCCAGCUGCAGCAACUGAAACCAGCACACGUCCAGACCCACAUCUACCAGCAUCGCCACGCGGAGCUGCAGCUGCACCGGCGGCGAGUGGACAUGCACUGUGAGGAUGUGUUGGACGUGUUGACCUCCUGCAGGAUGGAGCUACAACAGCUGCAGGUCUCCAUCAGCAGGAAGAACCAGGACUUCGCCACCGCCCUGUCCACCAUGGAGGACGGCAUCCAGACAGCCGACAGCAGCCGACGUCUGGAGGCCCUUAGUUCCACCCUGCAGGACCGUCUGGACCAGUAUAUCAAAGACACCCAGCAGCAUCAGAGCGGCUUCAGACAGACGGUCCAGGUCCGAUUGGAGGAGACCAGAACCAGAACCACCCAGCUGCUGAGCUCCUUCAGGCUGUUCAGUGAAGGAGGAGAUGUUGCUCCUCAGGAGUUGAGAAUGUUCCAGAGGAGGCUGAAGGAGGAGACCAGGAGGAUCAGUGUGACUGAGGCGUCCAUCUUCUCAGAGCUGGAGAUGUUUGAGUCCAGGAGUCUGCAGCAGGUGAAGGAGGUGUCAGCUCACUUUGAGGAGAAUUUGUCCUUCCUGAAGUCUGAGCUGGAAUUCACGGACAAAGUCCAGAAGAUUUUCAGGAGCACAAAAGUUUACAUCAAAUCAGAGGCAGCCAGCAGUAACCAGCAGCAGUCUUUGAUCAGCAGCAGGUUGGACGAUCUGAGGAGAAUGAUGGAGUCCACACAGGUGUCUCCAGAUCAGGUGUUUCCUCUGCUGUCCUCAGUCAGUGAGGAAUUCAGAAAGCGCUGUCAGUACCUGGAGCUGGAUUCUUCUCUGCAGGACGUUCUCAUCCCAUCCACCUGUCCUAAAGUCAUGAAGCAGGUGCGUCCGGCUCCGCCCUCUGGCUUACUGCAGCCCAGCAGGACAGGUGUGGACCUCCUGGACGACCCCGUAGUGGACGUCAUCAGGUCCCUGAACAGGUUGAGUGAGGACAGCGACCAGAGAGGAGCUGCAGUGGUUUGUGUGUCUGCAGGUGAGAGUCUUGUCCAGCAUCAGCAGUCCGUCAGUACGCUCAGUGUGAAGAGGAGCUGCAGGUCCAUCAGGACAGACAGAAGGUUCCAGAUGUUUGGACCUAAACCAGAAGCAGAACCAACCACAUGUUCCUUCAGCUCCUCAGUGAACUCUAUGCUACAGAAAACAAACGACGACCUGCUGCUGCUCGCUGAGGACUUUUACUGCAGCCAUCGUGUCACCAGGUCUCAGAUACUUCCUGACUCUGUGGACCAGUGGGCUGACAGCAUGCAGCAGCGGCUGCUGGGAUACCAGGAAGAAGCCCAGAGGUUUCUGAGCAUGAGCAGAGAGGAGGCGGUGCAGCAAUGUUCUGUGUUGGGGCAGCUGCUGCAUUCGUUACCUGCAGUUCUGAUCCAUAACCACGAGCGACGGCAGGAGGCGGAGCUUAGAGAAGAGGUGGGCGGAGUCAGGCAGCAGCUGGAGGAGAUGCUGACCACCAGCGAGAAGGAGAAGGGUGUGUGUGUCUCUCGGCUGCGGGCGUCUUUCAGUCCGGUGGAGCUCCAGACUCUGGUCAGCAGGGAGGAGCAGCGACAGCAGCAGCUGCUCAGCAUCACCUGCAGCACACACCUGAAGAUCCAGGAGUGCGUGCGAGUCAGAGGGGAGGAGUUUGUGACAUCACUGGUGUCUCUGAUGGAGAAGCUGCUGCGUGAGUUCGACAAGCUGCUGACUCCUGCAGAAAGCGAUGACAGAGAUGUUACCAUGGAGACAGAAGCUGAAACAGGAAGCAGCACUGCUGACCCACCAUCCUCUGUUGCUACAACAACAUCAGCAUCCUCCACCACAGUCAGGUGCAUCAUGGGACAUCCGAGUAUCACUGAGCAGAGAGAAGCUGCUGUGAAGCGAUUCCAGCAGCUGAUCAGCUCAGAGUUGUCACUUUCAGAUGAUGACAAACGAAGACAACUGAGUGAACAACAAACCUGGAACACACACUGGAGACAAGAGAUACACACUCAGAAAAGCACACACCAGCAAUAACACACUCACACACAUACAUGUCUACAUUACCAAGAGUGGUCCAUCACGCUAAUCUACCAACAGGGGUUCAGUGGGUCUAAUUAGUUUCAGAAAUCAAACAUCAGUUAAAAUCAAAAUGUACUUUUUCAUAAUAUAACUGCAAAUGAGCAGUUUUGUUAAUUAAGAAUAAAAUGCCAAGUGGGGAUCAACAACCCUAAGUGAUGUCUCCUAUCAUACAGGUAGCCUUAAAUAGAACUGUGUGUUAGCACAAAGUGAGCCAGUGCUAAGUCUUUAAAAAGUGUAGCUGAAAAGUUUUAAACAUUCUGACAAGUAGCACACACUCUAAAACACAUAUGCCAGCUGACAUGAAGGCAGUAGCUAAUUGUCUGUUGUUGCUGUUUGCUGUAAUGUCAUCAGUUUGUUACUAAAGUUAAUCUAAACUCCCUUUUAGUGUCCAUCAACCCUCAUCAGUACACAUGACAAAACCUACUUCAUCCCCUACCAGGGUCAAGCUGGAACCCCGGUAGUAUUUCAUCUGUUUCACAUUCCUGUACCCGUCCAUAUCCUCUCAAUGUAUAUUUUCUUAAAAUGUGUGUCAUCUAUAGAUGCUAAUAUGAAAGAAACAAUGAAAUUACUAUUGAUCAUUACAAACGUGUAUUGCUUAGA